AUGGGCAUAGAUCCACCUUUGGUCUGCACAGCUUUGGUGUGCAACGUAGCAUACCCUCUACCUGGCAAGCUAGCGCUUUUAAAGCAUCACGAAGUUAUCACACUCUUUCACGAGCUAGGCCACGCUUUUCAUGAUCUCUUGGGAAGGUCCAAGUACGCAACAUUCCACGGGCACAGAACAGUUGCAGAUUUUGUUGAAGCACCAAGCCAGUUGCUAGAGUAUUGGUGUUGGGUUCCUGAGUGUCUUCAGCGACUCAGCUACCAUUAUAGCUAUUUAUCCGCGGGUGCUGGUGAGGAUUAUGAGUGUGGUACCUCUAUGAUCCAUUCGACUCGCCCAACAAAGGAAAUCCCUCGAAGCCUUUUGGAAAAACUGGUCGAGGCUAGGUCGAUAAACCAGGGCAUUUUGACCAUGAGACAGGUCGCGUUCAGCAGCUUUGACUUGAAGAUUCACUCUCCACCUUCCCAUGAAGACAUCAAGUCGAUGGACGUUGCUGAAAUUUAUAACUCCCUCUUGCAAAGAACAACUCUUUUGCAAGGGCCAGAUAAUGAUUACCAAUGGGGGCAUGGCUAUGCGACGACACCUCACUAUAUUUGGGGCCAAGAAGCGAACUACUAUUCCUACUUGUACACCCGUAUAUUGGCAGCCAACAUGUGGUGGUCGAAUUUCCAUGCGGAUCCGAUGAGUCAGGAAGCCGGUCUCAAAUAUCGGAAGAGCAUACUCGAGCAUGGCGGCAGUCAGAAUGAGCAGGUUUUGCUUACGGAGUUCUUGGGCGGUGAACCAACAGUCGAAUUAUACUUGAAAUAUCUCUAG